AUGGAGAACGAUAAAUUAAGUGACUCAAGAGCUGAGAAGAGGUUAGGGAAGGUUACCACAGAGACAAAUAAGUCUUCACCAAUAAGUGGAGGUGUUGCAGGGACAGGUGGCUCAUCCCCAACAAGUACUCAGCCCCAAGGGGCUGGGACACAAUCCUCGGGGGCUAGCACCACUCAGCCACAACCCACUCGUAGGAUGCCACAUCUCCACAAACUAGAAAAAAAGCACAGUAGUGGUGACUUACAUAGUCGGCUAAAGACAAGAAAGCUACUAGGUGUUGGUGAAACUGACGAUGGAGAUGUACACAGGUCAAAGUUGAGCCAGAUACUAGGCCAUAGUGAUCAACUCUACGUGAGAUUACCACCAGGCCUCCGAAUAUGGCAUAUUUUCCUGGCAACUGUAUUCUCAGCAAUAGCUGUUUGGGCUUUCAUGUUUCCUGCACACCUGUUUGACUCCACAUUUGAGACAGAUGAGGGGAAGAACCUCCGUUUACCUGUGCGACUCUAUGGCACAGCAUUGAUUUGUUUGUCAAUGAUAUUCUGGAACACAUUAAAUACAGUGGAUAAAGAUAUCAUACGUCUGGUGUUGCUGUCUAGUGUCAUCUUCUUCACACUCCAAACUAUAGUGAUAACAGUUACUACCCUGGGAGAAGGGACCUUCACCAAAGGCUGGUUCAUAUCUCAAGGGUCUCAAACCUUGCUCGUCCUCAUAAGCUACUUCUACUACUGGGCCAUAGGGGGUCGUCUUGUAUCCCUCAUGGUAAUGACAAGGUCAAACUCCACACGGGACCUCAGGGACGUCAAGGACAAGGACCAGUAACUAUAUGUCAGGACCACAAGACGUUGAAAUAGAGGAUGUUUGGAAAAGGGGAAUUUUCGGAAUUAUUGGCAGAUUUUGAAUAAUUAGGGAUAGUACAGAAACUGAAAGAUGGAUUAAGAUUCAAUUUUAAAUUGUCAACAAUGAUCACAUAGAAUAGAAAUGUGAUCGUCUGUUUUUUGGAUAAUUAACACAUCUUAUGGAAUAUAAUGAGAAUAUAAUGUAAAUUAUUUAUAAAAGCUUAUUAUACUGUUUACAAAUAAAGUCAUGUUCAUUCUUAUAUAUUUAUUGUUUGUAUGGGAUUAUCAAUGUAAACAAGUUUAAUUAACAUAUAGCAGGCAUACAUGUCUAAUGCUUUCCAGUUGCAAUGGCACAUAACAGGAACAUGCAUGGAAAUGGCUUUAGGAUAUGUAUAGAAUACUAUAGUGUAUAUAAUUUAUACCAGUACAGUUGGUGCUGUUUUAAAACCUUUUAAAACAAUCUUGAAGAUCAAGUGUGAUGUUAUUUCUGUGUUCAAUUCAAACUUGUUUGUUUAGAGGUGAUUAUACAAUAUUUUCAUGUAACAGUAUAUGGAUUCCAGUUAUAUUUGUGAUAUGCAGAAUUUUAGCAUAUUUAUCUUUUAAAACAAAAAGAGACUGUAGUCAAUCCAGGGGCAAAGUUAUUGAUACUUUGUACGAUUUGAUUGGCAGGCGUAAAAUAAAUUUAUCUUGAAUGCAUGUUCGGAAUUUAAGUGAUAGCUUUCCUGUACAUUGUAUCCUUUUUCAUGGUGCGUUAGCAUUUGUGUUUAUAUAACCAUUACAAUCAAACUGUAUAUACAUCACUCUCAUAAUACCGUAGCCCUGUGGUUUACGACAGCAAGCAUUCAUAAACCAUGGCAACAGGGUUGGUAGCAGUUGUAACAAUGACAACAAACUAUGUAGCCAUGCCUUGUCUUGACAAGGAAGAUCCUUUCUUUGGUAGAGGUAAAAUAUUAUAUGUCAGGUAAACAUCUAGAAAUUCAAAAUAUCUAAAUGCUCUUGUGAAACUUAAAACAAAAUAUUUAAAAUGUUACUUUUUACUAAAACUUGCAAUUAUAAAACAAUCAACACUAGUAGAUUACAGAAUAAUUUUCAGAAGGCCAAAUUGAGAUUGUAAUUAGUAAAUUGCCAGACAUACAGGUGGCAUGGCUGAUAAAUCCAAAUAAUACUGGUAGAUUUCAAAAAAUGGCAGUAAUCACCUGCUUUUGGAAGUACAUUCAAAUGUCUCUUUUUUCAUACAUUUGUUUAGUUUGCAGAUGUGAUUUCUUUGCUUUAUCUGUAUGUGUUAGUAGUGAUAAUUAGUAUAAAUAUCUAUCGUCAAGUGUUUUAAUUAAUCCAUAAACGUCACUGCCUGAUUACCUGUUGUACGUGUUUGCUAUUCAACAAUCACCAACAUAGCGUUGCAAGUGAUAUAUUGGCAAUAUGGCCUUAAUAACAUUAAGUAAAGAUUGUUUCCAAAUAACAUUUUGAUUCUGCUACAUAUUGUUUAGAAGUCCUGACUGAUUGUACAAAAAAAACACAUCUCUUACUUAAAAUUAAGUGUUAGAUUUAGUAGAAUUAAACUGCAUCAUACAGCCACUGUGUUUUGUCCUUCUGGGACUUGUCAGCGAUGCUAAUGGCCUACCUUUUGAAACAAAGACCGUAAAGAGAAUUCAAAGUGAUCAAAAAAGUGAAAGAAAAUCUAGAUGAAGGUUUCUCAAUUUACAUAUACCUGUUAAUUUUAUAACAUCAAGUACAUGUGUAUAUUCUGAACAGUUUCACUAUUAGAUUGGAUUAAGAGUGGCGGUCAGGUCAAGUUAGUGGCUUUGGGAUGAUCCAGCAUUUGACAGGCUGCAAAGGUUGUUGAUAUAAACAUAAACAAUGGCAUAUAAAGGUAAAUUUAUUUUAAGAACUGACAACUUGUUAUUAUGAUGUAUUUUUAUAUGUCUAACUCUAUUUUCACAAAUAUCUGUUGAUACUUCUUUAUUUAUGCUUGUCCACUUAAAAAACAUUAAUAUACUUAAGGGAGCAAUUUUUGUUCUGUAAUUCGUCAGAUAGAAAAGUACUUUGGGAAGGUAUGCGAGAUUUUGUCUGCAUUUCAAUACAUCAUAUACAGUUAUUUAGCUAUUAAAGUGGUCAUAAGCAGUGGUUAUCAAACUGGCUGUCAAUCAAUUUGUAUCUUAUUCCAUUGGAGUGUCAAAAUGAUGAUAUGGUUGUGUGGAUGUGUCUUCAUUUACAAUGGGGUUUUUUUUGUCAUGUAGAAUAUAAACGUGCCUGUUUUCCCAUCUAUUGUAUCGUAGUUGGGGUCAAAGGAUCAUAAAAUAUAUACAAAGUUUUCACCUUUUCAUAUUUGACUUUGUAAACUUUCUUCUUUAGAAUCCCUUCAAUUUCGCAAAUAUUUAUAACAAACCUAUAUACAUAUAUGUUAAUUACAACAUCGGUUUUGUUAUAAAAAUAGAACUUUUAGAAAGAAUCAACAGAUUUGAUUAUCAUCUGAAGAUUCCAGUCGGCUUUGUUCCAUGAUCCCAGGGCCAAGAUUCUUCCACUUCAGUUUCCAUUUAUCAUAAGUUAAGUAUCAUUGCCACUUUAUGGUGCCACUAUUUCAAAUUCUGAUAACCUUCAUAUUUUACAUGGUUCGGUUGUUGACAUCAAAAUGUAAUAUCUGACACCAAUGACUAAUGAUUGAUAUUCUCCUGUUAAUGAUGGUACUUCACCGUGUAUCCACUUAACUGAUAUACACUUAAGACAUCAUUUAAUUAACACAUCAAUAUUAAAUAGUUGAGUCUAGAUUUUAGUUAACAGGGAAAUGUGCAGGUGAUGAAACAAUUCAAUACUUCAAUACAUGACGAGUUGCCUCCCUUUUAACCUUCAAAGUCUCAAUUCAUAUUUCAAUAAUGUUCUUGUUACUGAUAAGGAAACGACAUGUUGAAAAAAUCUUUUAUCAAUGAUUUCCACUAUUACUAUGUAUAUUGUGUGUAUAGUAAAACUUUACCCAUCAUCCUUUAAGACUUUAUGUAUCCUGUAAGGAGCUACAUAUAUACUGCCUCAUUUGACAUUCAAGGAUUAUGUGCCUGUUAAUACAUUAUCUGAUGUUUUUAAUACAGUAAAACUCAACUGUCAGUGUUUAUACAUUCAAAAAAUUUGGAACAAAUAUUUCUGAAAACAAAAUUUUUUCUUCCUUGAUAUUUUGGCUUUGUGUAAUGUCUUUUCCCUCAAAUUGACAAAGUAUAAAUAGUGAUAUAGUGUAUUUUAUAAGAUGUUUAUAAUGAAUUAGAAUAUUUAUCAUGAUCAUGUCAAUGUUUAUGCAGAAAUCAUGAGCAUUUGAUAUAUACAGAACUCUCUUGACGAGUUAAGUGUCUUUCAAAGUUUAUCAAACUAGCUAGUGAAUGUACUUUAAAACUGUUUUGGAAAGUUAAUAAGAGCAGACACAUUCAGCAUUGGAAGUAAGAUGCCUAUCCUAUCUGGUCACACAACAAUGGUUCCAUUACAUUGGUCACCAAGUUCGUGUUUCCAAACUUUUUGUAUUUUGUGUUUUACCUACGUUGUGAAUGUACCAAUCACUCCAUUGUUUCAACAUAUAGACUACAAAUAAACCAUAUUUUUGAAAUGAA